AUGAGAAAUCUUAAAUUAGUAAUUUAUUCAUUUUACGAAACACAAAUCGUUCCACCUAGCGGAAAUGAACAAGGUCUGCUAGAGGAACAAGUCAUUGAAGAACCGCCUCCAAAUCUCUCGCAGACUCCUAUAAGAUCUUCGACCAGCAAAACAUGCUCCCGAGUAGAAUCGACUGGUAAACAGGUUGUCGAGAAGAACCAGGAUCAAAAAAUAAAAAAGCACGGAUAG